UGACACGGAAACCGCCAACACACAACACGUUCCGUUUACGACUCACACAUUCUGGUCCGAGUUAUCCACCGGAUCCAAUUCCCAUUCCAAUUUGGUUUUCCCUUUCCUUGAUUUUCCUGGACAUUUUUCCCGGGAAAAUAAAUAUCCCGCAACCCAUAACCCAUUCUCAAUCACCAAUUCCCAAUUCUCAAAAAUCUCUUUCUUAUUUGUUAUUUUUGUACCUCGAAUCGGAAAUCUCGAUGGAUGUUUCCGUCAUCGCCGAUACUUUAACGAUAGCCACACAACAAGGGCUAGGGUUUACGAAUUCGAUUAUUCACCGACAAAAUUGUGUCUCCAAUGGCAGCCUAGCUCUCUCCGCCGGAUUCCUCCAAAUCUCCGCCGUUAUUUUGGACGCAAUAGCUCCUCCGCCUGUCAAAUCCAACUCGCAUAUAACCGCUCGCCGGACUCUUCUUCGCAAGAAGCGGCGGACGAGGCGGAGAUCAUCCAGCGGCGGAGGCUACGAGGAAUUCGGUGAAGAUAGCGGGUUUUGGGGUGGUGAUGGUGACGGUGAUGGUCCUUUUGGUGGAGCUGGUGGAAGUUGGGGCGGUGGCAGAGGGUGGAAUUUUGACAGAUUUGGAGGGCAAAAUUGGGACGAAUCAUCGUGGUCGUCAUCUUCUGAGUUUGCCUAUGGGUUCGUUUAUGAGGUGAUUUAUUGGAUUGCCUUGUCGACUUGCGUGCAUUUUGCUUUCGAGAAGGUUGUGAGGAUCAUGGCCGAUGGAAUUGGUGAUGCUGAGAGGGAGAAGGUUCCUAUGAGAUUGACUUCCGUUUGCUAAUUUGGUACAUGAUGUUUCUAAUUUCUGACUGAAAGGAAACGAAUUGUGGAAAAUAGUUGUUAUAUUCAGUUGGGGUAUCUUAUGCUAAUUACCAGUUGCUCUUUCUAUUCACAGAUAAAUGUACAUAUUGUAUAGAUAUAUUUAUCCACAUUGUGCCUAUGAAUUGAUAAGGUGCUACUUUGCUUUUUAA